AUGGAGUCCCCCGUUGUUGUGGAUAAACCGCCCGAGUACCAUGGACAGUCCGCCAAAAAUAAUCAGCGCGGCUUCCCGUUUGAUGAGGAGGAGGGUUCGGGCGCUUGGAGCGAGCUAGCGGCGCGGCACCCGGAUAUAGCGGCGCGCCUGCGACAGCGGCCGGCCACGUGGGCCAGGAAACGGCGCCCCUCGAGCCAGGACGCCACAGACGAUUUCGAGGACAACUUCAGCGGCUUCGACAGGUUCCCGUUCGACGACAUCCCUCCGGACUUCCGGGAGCACUUCCCCUCUCAUUGGAACCGCAGGUUCGGUUCGCGGGAGGAGACAAAUCAGCAGCGGCCGCCCUCGCCGCAGCCGCAGCCGCAGCCGCAGUCGCCGCAGCAGCAGAACACGGCCACACAGACCGAGCAUCCGCCGGGGUCAUCCGACGACGAGCAGACCCACUUGCCACAGUACGGACUGCGGAACACCGUAGACCUAGGGCAGAAGAGCCCCGCAGACCCCAGUCUGGUUGAUGAGGACGACAGGAACCAGCGGUCUAUGUCAGCACCCCCCGACAGUCGCGCGGCCGGACAGCAGCACGGUGCAAGCAAGAUGAGCGGCCAAAACCACCAGGAGCACGCCCACCACCCGCACCCGGAGCAACAGUCCUCCAACGUGCGGCACAUACCGAUUUUCGUCGAGGGCAGGGACGAGCCCGUAAUCAACAGAUCCGUCGACCACGGCGCCCACUUUGGCGACACGAAACCGGCGUACGUACCACCGCCCCCACAGCCGCACAUCGACAGAGACCAGUACUUUGCGGACGACGGCCCCGCUAACUUCCACCAUCCGCCCAACUUCUCGAGGGCGUUCGGAACGCCCUUCAACAAAGGCUUCAGACAGGGACCACAGCCGUUCGUGCAGCAAAAGGUAUACCCACAGACGGCAUUCGCACGUGGCGCGUCGCCGCAGAGAUCCCAGAGCCCGAAACCGCAAGUGCCUCCGGAAGAGCAUUAUGUGAAAGUGCCGGUACAUCAUGAACAAUCUGCGCCGAGACCUGAAACUCCGUCCAGAGCACAGCAAAAGCAGCCUCCGCGCCAGACGACCCCUCCCCAGCGGCAGACCACUCCUCCACAGCAGCCUCCCCCGCAACAGCAGGCCCCACCACAACAGCAGGCCCCACCACAGCCCAAACCGCAGCCGCCCAUGAACGAUCCAAUUACACAGAUUCUGAACAUACAAACGGACGUAUUAAAUCUAAUGUCUGAAGUUGAAAACUUCACUGGUUCAAAGAAAGACAAAAAAUACUUGUACCUAGAUGAGAUGCUCACAAGAAAUCUCAUAAAAUUGGACAACAUUGAAACCGACGGCAAAGAAAAUAUAAGACAGGCGAGGAAGGAAGCCAUAAAAUGCAUUCAGAAGUGCAUAGCGGUGUUAGAAGCCAAAGCAGAAAAGGGUAGCUUAGCUCUUUUACAAGACGUUGAAAUGGCAAAUUCUGAUAAUGUGAAUCCCACAAAUGACGAAAAAAAUGUUGAAAAUGGUGAAGUUGAAAUGAAAGAUGUCAGCAACGAACAGUCGGCUCCUGACUUCCAAAUAGACCAAGAAAAUGUUGAGCAACCAAAGGUAGAAAUUAAAGACGACCAAAAGUCAAAGGAAACGAUCGAAGCGCCAAUAAUAGCUGAAAGCACAGACAUUGUUCAGCCACAAGUUGCAGACACACGACCCGAAACACAAACUAAAGAGAAGACUCCAGAGAUCAAACCUGAAGAGCAAAAACAAACCGAAAAAGAAGCAAAAAGUCCCAAAAAGGGUAUGAAGAACGUUAAGAAACGAGAUAAAAGUAAGGACAAAAAAGAUGCAACUAACGAUAGUAUUAAGGAAGAGCAUAUUCAAAAGAAAGACGAAACACCCGACGUCAAACAAGAAAAGGCAGAAGAUAAAAAAGAGGAAAAUAUUGAUGGGAAAAAAGAUGUAGUUGCUGAUCAGAAAAACGAUGAAAAAAUAGAUAGUAAAGUGGAAGAGAAAAAUUUAAAUUCGGAACAGAAGAGUGAUGGAAAGUUAGAGGAAAUGCAAGUUGACGCUAAAGGUGAUAAAGCGGAAGGGCAAACGAUGGAGGUUGAUAGUGCUGCUAGUCAA